UUUGACAUAUGCAAUGAUGAAAAACUGAACGAGAGAGGGAAUUUCAUGGCCACCAGCGAAAUCCUUCACUCUUUCUCUUUCAUCCCUCAAUUCCACUCCUCCGCCGUCGUUUCACCGUGACCCACCGGCGACUAUAGUUUCAAAUAAAAAAAGUAUCUUUGUUUGUAGAAAUUCAAUUUCUAUGCAUUCUUCCAUCCACCAACAUUGUUCUUCUCCUCGUUCAUCUGCAAGCAUAGCAACUCUUCUCAAAGCUUGCAAGAGAAUCCAACAUCUUCAACAAGUUCACGCUUCCAUCGUUCAAAGAGGCCUUGAACAAGACCAGUUCCUCAUUUCGCAUUUCAUUUCACUUGCGAAUACUCUUUCCACUUCCACUCUCUCAUAUUCCACCACCGUGUUUGACCGUGUUAUCAAUCCUUCUACCUUCCUCUGGAACACUCUCAUCAGAAUGCAUUGUCAAAAAAGCUUGUUUUCUAAUACCCUUUUCGAUUUUAUUCGUAUGAAAGCGGAAGGGGCUUUCCCUGAUAGAUACACUUACCCUUCUGUGAUUAAAGCUUGUUCAGGUACUUGUAAGGUUUUGGUAGGAAAAUCGGUUCAUGGGUCGGUGUUGAGGUGUGGGUUGGAUGAGGAUGUGUUUGUGGGCACCAGUUUGAUUGAUAUGUAUGGUAAAUGUGGGGAGAUUGGUGAUGCUCGUAAGGUGUUUGAUGGAUUGUCUGAGAGAAAUGUGGUUUCUUGGACUGCUAUGGUUGUUGGGUAUGUCACUGUUGGGGAUGUGGUUGAGGCAAAGAGGAUGUUUGAUGAAAUGCCGUUGAGGAAUGUGGCUUCAUGGAAUGCUAUGAUUCGGGGUUUUGUUAAGGUUGGAGAUUUGAGUAGUGCUAGGGGUGUGUUUGAUUCUAUGCCUGCGAAGAACGUAGUUUCUUUCACGACCAUGAUUGAUGGAUAUGCUAAGGCUGGUGAUAUGGCAGCGUCGAGGUUCUUGUUUGAACAAGCUACGGAAAAGGAUAUUGUUGCCUGGUCUGCUUUAAUAUCGGGUUAUGUACAGAAUGGUCAGCCUAAUCAGGCGCUGGCGGUAUUUCUUGAGAUGGAAUCAAUGAAUAUGAAGCCUGAUGAGUUCAUUUUGGUUGCCUUGAUGUCGGCUGUGUCUCAGUUGGGUCAUUUAGAUUUGGCUCAAUGGGUUGAUUCUUAUGUUGGCAACAGCUCUAUUGAUCUUCAGCAAGACCAUGUGAUUGCAGCACUUGUGGAUAUGAAUGCAAAAUGUGGAAACAUGGAGAGGGCGUUGAAGUUGUUCCGGGAAAUGCCUAAGAGAGAUUUAGUCUCGUAUUGUUCGAUGAUUCAGGGGUUUUCAAUUCAUGGGCAUGGGGAAGAUGCUGUGAAUCUAUUUAAUAGGAUGCUGAUGGAAGGGCUAAUUCCAGAUGAGGCGGCCUUCACAAUUGUCCUGACAGCUUGUAGUCAUUCUGGGCUUGUUAAUGAGGGUUGGAACUACUUCAACUCCAUGGAGGAAAAUUAUGGCAUUAGUCCUACACCCGAUCAUUUUGCAUGUAUGGUUGAUCUUCUAAGCCGGUCCGGGCAUUUAAGGGAUGCUUAUGAACUUAUAAAAUCCAUGCACGUGGAGCCUAAUGCUGGUGCCUGGGGUGCACUUUUUGGAGCAUGUAAACUACAGGGUGAUUCAGAGUUAGGAGAGACUGUUGCGAAUCGUCUUUUUGAACUUGAGCCUCAAAAUGCUGCUAACUAUGUGCUGUUGUCUAACAUCUAUGCAUCAGCAGAUCGAUGGAAAGAUGUUUCCCUUGUGAGAAAUAAGAUGAAGGAAAGAGGAGUGCGGAAGAUACCUGGUUGCAGUAAACUUUAGUCCAAUGCUGAGUUAUUCUGGUUCUAUGUAUGCAGUUCUGAAUGUACAGAACCUGGAAAGCGGGUAUUAUGAGCUUUUUGCAAUUUACAAUGAAAACGCUCUCUGGGUGCCGAACUGCCAAGGAUUUGUAUGCAACAGGAUUAUUAAGACAGUGAAGCAAAUGGCUAGGUAGGGUGGAAAGCGAUCCUCGACAAUCAAAUCACAACUUCCUUGCUUCUUAGACUACCGGUACCAAUCCUUUCACACGAACAGAAUCGUGUGUGAUGAAUCUCAGUCUAUUACCACGAUAGUUAUUGCAAAUUUUGGACUAAGAGAUGAUAAUCAUUGAAUCUCUUCAUGUUUGCAUCUUCUGAUGGCUCUUUUAUUUGUCCAUAUCUGGUGCCGAAUUAGUAUUCUCCCCCUUCUAGUGUCAUGCACUCAACUUCAAAAGAGGAUGCUCAGAAACUUAUGGAUGAAACUGCUGAAGCUAAAGCUUAUCAAGAUAAAAUCAUGGCAAGUUCAAGCCCUGCAGUUAACAGAAGAUUGGAAGGAAAAGUGGCGUUGAUAACGGGAGGAGCUAGUGGAAUUGGCAAACGAACUGCAGAAAUAUUCGUCCAACACGGAGCCAAAGUAGUAAUAGCAGACAUCCAAGAUGAACUUGGAGAUUCAGUUGUUCAAUCCAUAGGACCAUCAACAUGUAUGUACGUACAUUGCGAUGUCACCGACGAG